AAGAAUCUUGUCUUGGUUUUGUUUCUUCCUUGCUCUUUUAUUUUCCUACUUUUCAAAUUUCUUCUUUUCCAUGGCGUCAUCAUCCUCUGCAACAAAAAAACGCGACAUUCAUAAUGGUGAUAAUGACGUGUCACCUUCUUCUCUUCAUGUUUUCACCAAACGCAACCUCAAGAACAACAGCAUCAUAGAAACAAAAGAAGAAGAACUCAUGGUUUCACCAUCAACGGGUGAAAACCUAACACUCAGAGAAGCUUUUUUCAUCAAAUCUUCCAUCAAACACUCAACACCACCACCACCCCUUUUCUCUAUUUUCUCUCAAACCACCACCAAUUCGCCAUUACAAGUAAAGUACAAUGGAUGGAGAAUACAGCCAAAGUUACAACCAGAAUGGAACAACUGGGUCACAAAAUUACAACCAAAGUUUGAAUCUUUAUGGAUCAAAACUGGAAUAUACCAUGCAAUCAAAGCUUCUACUUAUGAAAUCAAAAGGGAUGAUGAUUUGAUGCUUCAACUUGCUAAUAGAUGGUGUUCCAAGACCAACACCUUUGUGUUCCCUUGGGGAGAAUCAACAAUCACAUUGGAAGAUAUAAAGGUUUGUUUUGGUUACUCUCUUUUGGGUGAUUCUAUUUCCACCCCUCUUUUGAACAGUGAACAAGAAGAAGCAGAAGAAGAAUUGAUUGAAGCAAGAAGAAUGUUUAACAAAACGAAAGCUAAGAAAGUUACUCAAACUGCGUGGAUGAAGCAUUUCAUGGAGAGUGAAAGUAAAUUGGAGCAUGAAGCUUUUUUGGUUUAUUGGUUACAAAGGUUUGUUUUUCCUGAAGAUUCUUAUGAUACUAUUUCCACAACUGUUAUCCCUAUUGCAAUACUUUUAGCUCAUGGAAAUAGAAUAGCUCUUGGACCUGCUGUUUUAGCCGGUAUUUAUAGAGACUUAAGUUUGCUUAAUAGCACCAUUCAGAAGAGUGCCGCAACACCCAGAGAGAAUUCGAGAGUAACUACUUGGGCACCUUUUCAAUUGGUUCAAGUUUGGGCUUUAGAGAGGUUUCGAGCAUUGAAACCACGCCCUUGUGAAACAAGAGAUGGUUUACCAAGAGUAGCUAGAUGGGGUGGAGUAAACGUGAUGAAAAAUAAAAACUUGAAAGAGGACUUGGAUUGUGCAGGAUUUAGAAAUGGAUUUUUGUGGAAACCUUAUGAGAAUUCACCGUGCAUUGAGGUCUAUAAUGAAAACUUGAAAGAGGACUUGGAUUGCUUAGAUGAAGAGUUGCUAUCGUUUUCUCGAUGUUUGAGGGUAUGUGAGUUUGUUGGUAUGGGAUGCAAAGAGAAGUACUUCCCGCAUCGUGUUGCUAUGCAAUUUGGUUUGGAUCAAGACAUUCCUGGUAAGGUUGCUCUAUGUAAGAAAGAUCCUUGGAUAAAUUAUAACAAGCCAGUCUCAAUAGCGGAUAAAAAUUUGUUCAUUCAGUUGUGUUCUAGACAGCCAAGUGUUACUUCUAGAUACUAUGAUUGGUGGAAGCAAUCAAUAUCUAGGGAUGAAGGAAAUAACAGUAGAAUAAAAGUUGAAGAAUCUUAUGGCCUAACACCACCUGGUUUUACUUCAAAAUUUAAGAAAAAUCAAAUGGAAGCUUAUGAUAAAGAGGAUCAUUUAUUAGGUUAUGAACUAUCAAGUUCUGAUGAUGAAGUAGUUGAAAAUCGUAAGAUUUUGUCUAGUCCUGAAUUUUGUGAUUUUAUAUCAUCAAAUGUGGGUGAUGAAGCAGAAAUCAAUAGUCCAUCUUGUGAUAGAGAUGGUGAAAAAGAGGACAGUGUUAGUCCUUUUACAGCAGACAUGCAAUUUGAACUUGAAAACAUUGGAUUUGAACUUGAAAACAGAAUUCAGAAUCUUGAAGGAGAGGUUGCUAAGCUUAAAGAAGCAAGAUUUGGCCAAAAGGUUAAAAUUGUUAGAGGCAAAGCCAAGGUAUAGUUGUCCUGAACCUGGAUCCUCUACUACUGCAGUAUGUUGUACUAAGUACUUGGAUCCUGCAAUACUUUUUUGGUGGUAUUCAUAUUUCUAAUUUUGUGUAAUAGUUAGCAAUUAUUUGAUUGCUAACACACUGUGUAAGGUGGCCUGUGAUAGUACUCCUUUUUUUCUUAUGCAGCCUAUGAUAGUUGUUUUCAGUUGUAGUAAUUAGUAGUGGGUGAUUAAUAUGAAGAUACUGAACUUGUGCUUAUUUUGUGGAUUAUGGAAAUAUCAAUAUGAAUUAAGUUACUGAUUCUGUUGGGUUUAUCACUAUCUUUUCAUAUUUUAACUUUUAAGUAGCAAAUUUUGGAUUGGUAUUGAUGAAGAACUUGUGCUUCAGAAAGUAUUUCAAUUUCUUAUUAGUGGAUUAGCAGAAUUUAAUGACUAAAUGAAUUUGAAUACUAGUUCUUUGAUAAAGAUGAUGAAAAACUGAUGCUGACUUAAGCUGCAGUAGUUUGAUCCAAUUUUGAAUCAUGUGGAUUCAAAAAGAUUUUCAUUUAAGUUUUAAUUUAAACAUUAGAGUUGGUUUUGAUUUGCUAGUCUGUUUAUGUUUUGGCUUCCUAAUAUUUGAUUAAGUCCCCAUUGUUUGAGUGAUGUUGGAAAAUUUUAGCCAUAAUGUUGUAAUUGUUUGAGCCAAAGUCAAGCCGUCUAGAUUCUCAUAUUGGAUGAGAUAUGGUAUGAAAAUAACUUCAUAAGUGGGAGACAUUCCUCACCUUAUAAACCAGUUUUGUAUAAUUAAGUUAGCCCGGCCCGAAUUUUAAGAUGAAAAGCAUUGUUGCCGUUGUUGGCACUCAUGUUCACCAUGGUUGAGCUGCCUCAACAGAAACUUGUGUAAAUAUUUUACAGGUUUAUGUAUGGGUGGCUGUGCUGCAAUAGUGGACUCAGGGACUUCUUUAAUUGCUGGUCCAACUGGUGUUGUGACUCAAAUUAACCAUGCCAUUGGAACAGAAGGAUAUGUUAGUUAUGAGUGUAAAAACAUUGUCCAUAACUACGGAAAUUUGAUGUGGGAAUCAUUGAUUUCAGGGUUAAAUCCUGAAAUCUUAUGUGCUGACGCACUCCUGAACCCGGAUCCUCUACUCCCCCAUUGUUUGAAUAGUUAUCACUUUUUACUAUUUGCUUCUUCUUAGUAUCUUGAUUCCUUUCAAAAUGAAAGGUACAAUAAUGGAGAAAAGUAGCUUCUAACUACUGUCAUCAACAAUCUGCUAAAUAAUGCAGAUUUUAGAAGAAGAAAAAUCAGUGAUGCAUUGAAUCACUUGCAUGACCUUCUUCACCAAACUGCUAAAGUUAGCAAGGUGUUGAGUGUUUUCCAUGAUGCUUUGAACUCCAUUUAGCUCUGCCACUGAUUUUCCUAACUUGUCUUGUGGGAUAGGAGUCAGUUGCCAAAAUCUUCCAUGUUCUAAUGCUAACCACAUGGAGUAGUCUCUCACUAGUGGUUAGUGUAUAAUCUUUGUUGUUUGAGUUGCAUAAUGCUCACCAAUGAUCAUGAGGUCUGUACAUAUAUCAUCUGCAACAGAGAGUUAAGAAUCAAUUCAAUAGUGAGAUGAUUGACUCUAUCUAAUAGCUCAUCUCCUGUUACAAAACAUGCUACUCAGUAAACAUACUACAUUUUUUGUGCCAACGUCGUAGCCUUCACAAAGAAACCAUUUUUCUUACAAAAUAGGUCAUCUUGAGAUUAGCUUUGCUGCAAAAACUUCUAUGGACGCCAUUGCAAUGCGUUACAUGGGAAGGAAUCACAGAAUUUCCAAGAAGCUAUUAGAGUUCUUAAUAUCAUAUUUAGGCCUUCCUACUUGUGUGCCAGUUUUUCUUCCACAAUGAUCCAAAUGAUUUUGCUGAUGUGUGGGGGUGGUGUUCUAGGCUCUGGAGGAUCUUAUUCAAGUUUUGGGGUUGAUAUUAUAUAAUUUGAAUGGUUUUUUUUUUUUUUAUUUUUUAUUUUUAAGAAAAAGUAGGAUACAUAGUGGCAUUUUUGUUAGAGUUUCUCUCACUAAAAAACUAGGUCCGACUAUCAUAGCGGUAUUUUUGUUAUGU